AUGGCCAGAAUAAGUCGAACCUUUUCUCCUGCCCAUCUAGGUUGUGGCUUUUAUUUGCAGGAAGUGGAUGAUUUGAUGAUUUGUAGAUUUUUGCGAGCCCAUGAUCUAGAUAUUGAAAAGGCUUCUGACCUAUUUCUAAAGUAUCUAAGGUGGAGGAGAGAAUUUGUCCCAGCUAGAUCCAUAUCUCCAUCAGAAAUUCCUAAUGACCUCGCUCAUCACAAGAUGUAUAUGCAAGGAGUGGAUAAGAAGGGGCGCCCCAUAGUAGUUUGCUUUGGAAGCCAGCAUUAA